AUGAAUCAAUCCACGAUAGAUGCGAUACUGAAUGGACCUGCCCUCUCGCCGCCUCCAGGCGUCCAGCCAAACUUCGAACAUCCGGAUAACCUAAGCCACCCGGAACUCGCGGUUCUGCAACUGGUAGUUGCGACGGUGGUUGUGGGGAUGCGGGUCUAUACCAAGCUGAGAGUUGUGAGGAAGAUGUUGGCUGAAGACUAUCAAUCCAGAUUGGCUAAUAGUAGCAUGGUUCUGCUUCGCCGGCUUCCAUGUAAUUGUCUUCAUGAUCGAGGGCUUACCGCUAGGUUCGCCAUCUACGCUCUGGUCAUCAUCCCGCUCAAAGUCGCCCUCAUCCUGCAAAUCCGCCGCAUCUUCAUGCCACACAACCGAUCUCUACAUGCGCGUCCAUUUUUGCUAUGGACUAUCGACGGAUUCCUGGUGCUGAACGUCAUGUUCUACGUCGCACUCUUUCUCUUCCAAUUCUUAGCCUGCCGUCCGCUGGCAUAUGCUUGGAACCCACUGAUCCAGGGAACAUGCGUCAAGGACAACUUGGUCGUACACAUCGUCUCAGCAUCGAUCAACACGGCCAGUGAUCUCAUCAUAGUGAUACUACCACAACCUGUCAUCUGGCGCCUGGAGCUCAGUAAGAAACGGAAAUGGGGACUCAGCGCUGUCUUUCUGCUCGGAGGCCUGUACGAUAAUUUCUUGUGA